CUUUCUGCGCAUUUACCUAAAGGAAAAAUUUUCCUACUCCUUAUUUUGCAUUCGCCGCCAUUAGAGCAGGUGGACUACCAGCGGAGCAGGACUAGGACAUAACGAGCGACAGCACAGAGCACGCAGCCCGACCCUCCACACAAGCAGCAGGAGGGCUCAUUUACAACUAAGCAGAAUGCGGCCGGGCACAGCACAACCCAGCACCACGCCGCCCGCCCCGCCCAGCUCCGUGAUCAGCGACACCCACACACAGCAGCCGCCAAACGACAUCUCAGCACCCGCCGACGAUGUGAUAAACAGCCUGUUCACAAAGGAGCCCCUAGACAUGGACCUGCUCACCGAGCUCUUGGGAUCCCUGGACGGUACUGCGGCCAGCACGCCAACAAUGAACUCUGUGGGGGUGAAUGCUGACGAUGCCAUGGAGCUGGGAGGCAUUACCACAGCAGCUGUGCUUGACGGUCUACGAUCGCUGGAUGAGUUUGAGCGCCAGGCUGCGAUCCAUACUGACGGCUAUACACACGAGACCGUGAGCCAUACGCCAAUUGACGAAGGCGAACUAGCAGACUCCAUCCUGAGGGCUGCGAACUCAGCCGAGCUGUCGGCUGCGCUGGAGCAGCUAUACUGGGGGUCGUUGGAGGUGCCGGCUGUGGAUCCAAUGGCGACAACGCAUGGAGGCAUGUGGCCUGGAUCGCCACAGAUCGAUGCCAGCAUGGGAUCGGCUGCCGUGUGGCCCAGCAACGCGACGGAGUGCAGUCGGGAUGAGCCCAUGGACGACGAGACAGACGACGAGAACCCGCUGGAGCUCGAAGAACUGUCGUUGUUCUCGCUGUUCCUCAGCGACAUGAAGGCAUUUGAGGGAUUCCUGGAUAAGCUCAGCCUCAACCAGCUGCGCCAGUGUGCUGCAACCGUCAACAGCGUGCUGGUGAGGCGCGAGAAUGCGGUGAACGAUCCACCACCUCCAAAGCAGCCACGGAUUGUCCAGAAGCGGCCCAGUCCGAUCGGUAUCUCAGUCGAGGCAAGUCGGCCCUGGCGAAAAACACCCAAUGGAGGCAGUUCAGACGAUGCAUUACCAGUUACUACAUUGUCGCUGUUGCGCGAAUGGCUGCCUCCGUCAACCGCCGACUGCGUGAUUACUGCUCUGCAAGCAGCAAACCUGACAAACCCCACAGCAGCCCGUCCGCCAGCACGCCAAGCAGCAGCAGCAGUCAGCAGCAUCAAAGCGUCGGCGACCCAGCAGCGCACCCGCGCCGAUUCGAGCCAGGCUGCCAGCGAUGUGACAUUGGAGACCGAUCCCGAGGGCGUUCCAUGGAUGAUAUUCUCGUAUGUGCAGAAAGGCAAGCCAAAAUGGCACCGUAUCCGCAUUGACAGUUUUCAAAAGAACAACUGCGUGUACCCGCGCGCCAACUGCCACGAAUCGGCCUACACUGGCAACCGGUGGGACUACGAGACCACAUGCAAUGAGCUGCUGUCGGGGCGUCGCGGGCUACUGCAGUCUGCGGUGAACAAGUACCGGGACAAGGUCGAGGGUCACAAGAGCCGACGGAUCACGAGGCUGGAGAAGUCGGAGCGCAGUCAGAGGAGCAAGCCAGGCAAGCGGCCGCUGGCAAAACCACCGAGGCAGCGGGUCGAGAAGCGGCCGAGGGUGGAGGGUGCAGAUCCGACUGUUUUGGCUGCGUUCUCGGCUGCCGGGACGUCGGCGGCGGUAGCUGCAGCCGUGGCCAAUGCAGUCAGUGAGCUGCCACGGACGUUGUCGUUGCCGCAGAAUGGGGCGCCGUCGACAUCGGCUCCGGUAACACCUGCGCCUGCAUCAGUGCAAAGCGCCCAGCAUCUGACAGUCAGCCUUUUCGUCAACAACCAGUUUAUGCCCAUCGACGUGGACAUCAACUUUAGCAAAAUCGACGAUAAUACAGAGGUCGAGGAGCCGCGGCCCGGGGAUCAGCAGCAGACGACGCCUGAGGCAUGGGCGCGAAAGAGGGCAGAGCGCGAACAGUUUAAGCAGGACCAUGCUGUGUUCCCGCGUGUGCUGGAUCUCGAACACUCCCGGUACGGCGGCAUGCCGGGUCGGUGGGAAUUUGAGCUGACAUGCAACGAGAUGGCGUGGAAGCUGGCGCUUCUCAAUGACCGGCUGAGGUACCGGAUGCCGCUGAUUCAAAAGUGCAUCGACACGUAUCGGACAAAAUUCGCUCAGCCGCCGCAUGUGUCGGUGCGGUUCUACGAUCUAUGGAUCCCGCGGCCAGGCCGCCGCAGACUGGUGGCUGUUUCCAGGGAUGCAGAGGUCGUCGAUCAAGCGACAGCAGUGUCGCACAACACAUCGCUGGGCUCGGUCCCGAUCCAGCAGGCGAAGGCUGAAGGGAAUCCAACGAAGGAGGCCGUGGUGGUAACGCACGUCGGCCAGCAGUACUGGAUCAGAGACGGCUGCAAGACUGAGGAUCGUGCGACCAAAGUCAUCACAACCAUCCUCGCAUGCGUCAUCGGGUACAUCAUUGCAGCCUUCCAACAUGUUUCGAUCCGGCCUAGCAGUGUGCGGCCGCCGAUAGUUCAGACCCCGCAGGUGCGCCCAUUGCCUCGCCCACAGGUGCCUCCAACGCAGCAGCAGCCACAAAAACAGCAAAAGCAACAGCAGCAGCAGCAGUUUACCAGUUGCGAGCCCUGUGUCUCGGCCACAGGUGCGUCCAGCAGCGCGGCCACGUCCACCCCAGCCGCGACCAGCGCCAGCGCCAGCACCUACAGCGACCAGCUCCCGCCCGCGACCCCACCCGCCCCAGCACCAUCCACGGCCGCUGCCAGCGCACACAACCGCACGCUCCAGUGCGGCUCCUGCCCCACGGCCACCGGCAGCGACACCCCCAGGGUCACCUGCUCGCGCAACAUCCGGUCCGCGAUCGAUAGCGCCGGCCCCAGCACCAGCGCCAAGGCGCAGGUUGCGGCCAGUGUGCUGACGGACGUGCUGCGAAGGUUCGCCAAGACUGAUCCAGCGCUGGCGCAACUGACCAGUGUGCUGAAGGAGCCGCAGGGAGGCCCAGUGCGGAGCGCCAGUGAGGAAGAGGAGCCGCUGGAUGCCAAGGUCGCGGAGCUGGAGAAGCUGCUGACUGAGCUUCAGAAAUAG